UCAACAUAUUACGCAUUACGUUGUUUUUACGCCGUCCUCAGGUUAGCUUAGGAUAACUUGCUUGCUAUCAAGCUGGUUCGUCUACCCUUACUGACUCUCCGGUCGUCUUAAAUUUAAAGUUGUAUACGGCGUGUUUGAAAUACUUAAACGGUCUUUCUGAGGUGUAAAAGCCGCCUCCCGUGUCGAUUCAGUCGGUGUUUACUGUUGGUAGAACGCCAUUAUCCGCUAACAGUGUCCACAAUGGAGGGCAGCGCCAGCGUGAGGAAAUCGCUGUCUGGAACUCUCGUUCCUGCGUCGGUCACAACAGUUGCUCUCCUGAAACAACCAGAGGAGCAGGACAAGCAGAAGCUGAACAGGAAGGUCCUCGAUGAAGAGGAGUACAUUGAGAGUUUAGAGAAGAUCAUCCAGAGGGACUUCUUUCCGGAUGUGACUAAAUUGCAAGCGCAGAAGGACUAUCUGGAUGCAGAGGAAACUGGUGACCUGGAGAGAAUGAGAGAGAUAUCCAUCCGAUAUGGGUCAUCUUUGACAAAAUCUACGCCACGUUCUACGGCACCCUAUGUAACGCCAGCUAGCUUUGAGACACCCGUGGGUCGCGCAGGGUCUCCCUCCUCCAUUCAUGGAGGCAAAGGUUUAGAUGGAGAGAGCAAGGAUGAUGACAAGGAGGAGAAAGAGCUGCCCUGUCUGGAUCGUUUCCUUGCCAAAAAUACCAGUGAGGAUAAUGCUUCGUUUGAGCACAUAAUGGAUCUGGCAUCGGACAAGGAGAAGCUGAGGCAUUCCUGGUUGUAUGACGCUGAGGCCGAGUAUAAGCAGCGCCAUGAGGAGAACCUUGCUUUACCAUCAGCCGAGAAGGCAGCGCUUGAAUGUGUCAAAGCUGGACUUGAGACAUGGGAGUACAAAGCGAAGAAUGCCUUGAUGUAUUAUCCAGAGGGUGUUCCAGAUGAUGAUGCUUUAUUUAAGAAGCCACGAGAGGUCAUUCACAAGAACACUCGCUUUACUGUAGACCCCUUCAGCAAAGCUCUCAACAAGAGCCAGAUUCAGCAGGCCGCAGCCCUCAAUGCCCAGUUCAAACAGGGUAAAGUAGGUCCGGAUGGGAAAGAGCUCAUCCCACAUGAAUCCCCAACGGUGAAUGGAUAUGGUUUUGAAGCAAUGCCGUCCCCUGCACCUGGUGUUGCUGAGUCGCCUCUGAUGACCUGGGGUGAGAUCGAGAGCACCCCAUUUCGUCUGGAUGGAUCAGACACUCCAUAUGUUGAGAGGAAUCACGGUCCAUCAUUUAAGAUUCCAGAACCAGGAAGACGAGAGAGGCUUGGUUUAAAGAUGGCGAAUGAAGCUGCUGCUAAAAACCGUGCAAAGAAACAGGAGGCACUGCGGAAGGUCACGGAAAACCUCGCCAGCCUUACGCCUAAAGGUCUAAGCCCAGCCCUCACCCCCGCACUGCAGAGGCUCGUAAAUCGGACAUCCAGCAAAUACACGGACAAAGCACUACGAGCGAGUUACACCCCGUCACCUUCACAUAGACUCGCAUGCAAGUCUCCCUUCGGUGGCCCGGUUACUCCCUCAGGAACGCCAACACCAACCAAGUCCAAGACGCCGAGCUCUCAGGACCUUACAUCACUCACAGACAAUCUGCUGCAACUUCCCAAGAGACGAAAAGCUGCUGACUUUUUCUAAAUGAAGCUGUUCUCUGCUGGGACUGUGCAAAACAAAACAGACUCAUUAUAAGGGGGAGAACUUGAUUUAUAAACUCUCAAGAUCCAGUUUUCUCAAAUAUAAGAGCAUAUCUUUCAGCUGGAUGGCUGGAUAAAGAAAUCUACAGGAAGACUGAGGAUUUUUUUUACAGAUUUAUUUGUUACUUUUUUGUGGAGAUGUGUUAAUGGAGAUCCUGUAACAGACAUCUGAGUGUCUUAAUUCUAUUGAAUUACUUGUUAAUCAAGUUGUUUAUAUUUUGUUUUGGCCCAAAUGUAAGGUUUCAUAGCCACUGCCCAGAAGCUCAUGCUUAAUAGUGAUAAUAGUUAUCACUCAGCUCUCCAUACAUGCCGCUGUGACAUUUCAGUUUGUCCAUGCUUAUUUUACUCAAAGUAUUUUGUUACCUUACAUCAGGUUUCAUCAGGGUCACCUUUUUUUGUGUAAAAAAUGGGGGAAAACACAAAGAGCUUCUUGUUCAGACCACUGAUAGACAGUAAAAAUGAUGAAUGUUUCUUAAUUUAAUGUUGAAAAAUGUCUUUCUGCAUAAAACUGUACAACCUUUUUUCUUAAAACCUAUUAUUAAAUUGCGCUCUUGGCUACAAAUUGUCUACAAAAGAAUAUAAAGCCAUGCAUCACCAGGUGAAGUCCUUGUCAAUACCUCUGCUCUACCUCCUACGUGUAGAACAAAAAUAACUUUUUACACUUUUCCCAGCGAGCUUCUAGUCAUAUUGCUCUGUGUUUAAACAGAGAUGGCUGAAAACACUCCAAUAUGACCUCCUUCUUUUUUCUGAAGAAGUAGAAGUUACAGGGCCCUCUGAGGCCAGAUUUAUUAGCAAAAGAGAUUGUGUGCGCGGAUGUCAGCGCAUGCUCCAGCACGAUUUACAGCAUCACCUUAUCAGGUGAGUCGUGGUUCAUAAGUCAGUGUUUUCAUGACCAGGCAUGUUCUCCAGGACAAGGCCAUCAGUCUGUGCCAUGUACAGUGGUAUUAGUGUGCCUAGUGGUGGGAUGUAACUGAGAACAUUUACCUGCUGUAUUUAAGGAUCAAAUUCAAAGCACUUGGUAUUUUGAUUUAAUGCAACUUUAUACUUCUGCUCCACUAUAUCUCAGAAGCAAAUAUUCUACUCUACUCCACUGCGUAUGUCUUUCAGCUACA